ACAUUAACUCUCCCAAGUUUUUUUCGUAAGAAACAAGCAAAAGAAAAGGGUAUCUGAUAGAUUGGAAGAAGAGGUAGUAAUGGCUCGUACAACACAGUUGGAACAACUUUUAACGAAGGCGAAUCAACUUUUAAAAGUGAUAGAACCGAUCGGGCUAGAAGAAGAAGGAGAAGAAGACGAUGAGUGUGUUGAGAUUGGGUUGGAGAGUUGUGAACAACAGUCAAUACCAGAGCGUUUUGGUGAUGCUAAAGAUCCUUCUUCGGAUCACAGAGUCCUAGAAUCGAUCCAGCGAGAAGAAGACGACGCCGUUUUGAUUGAGCCUUGGUUGAAAAGCAGGGAACUGUCACAACGACAAGGUUUUGGUGAUGACGAAGAUUCUUUCGCGGAACACAGCUUCUUACAAGUAGAAGAGUGUUUUGGUGACGAUGAAGAUUCUUUCUCGGAAUCGAACCGGCAAGAAGAAGAAGAAGAGAAAGAAGAAGCCCAGUUUUCAAACGACGACGUUUUCCUUGAGCUUUUGUUGGAUGGUAUUGAACGAUCAAAACGAAAGCAAAAUCGUUCUUCUUCUUCAUCUCAUGAUGAUGAUGAUGAUGAUUCUUCCUCUACACACACAGGUUUAGAAUCGAUCCGGCAAGAAGAAGAAAACAUAGCCGUUAUUAGGCCUUGGUUGGUUAGUGUAGCACCAAAUCAACAGCGUUUUGGUGAUGAUGAAGUUCCUUCUUCUUCUUCUCUCUCUGAGGAUGAAACUGCUGCUCUCUGUCACAAACGGCAAUCGCAAACGCACACCCAACCUCAACCACAGAUGCUGCCUAAGUCUGAUCCCUUUAAGUGCAGCGUCUGUGGAAAAGAGUUUUCUUCAUAUCAAGCUUUAGGUGGUCACAAGGCUGGCCACAGGGUUAAGCCGCCUGUUGAAAACGCAACUGGAGAAAAAACGCGGCCAAAGAGGUUAGCUCCAUCUGGGAAAAUUCACAAGUGUUCUAUUUGUCAUAGAUUGUUACCAACGGGACAAUCCCUCGGGGGACACAAACGCCUUCAUUACGAAGGUGUUCUCAGCGGUCACAAACGCAGCCAGGACGAGGAGGCUGGUUCCCAAGGAGACAAGUCGAGUCCUAAUGGUAAUGGGAGUGUUGUAACACAUGUAUCUGACCCAAAGCAGAGCCUAAAGGGAUUGAUAGAUAUUAAUAAAGUGCCAUCGCCGGAGUUUAAUGAACCCGUGGACAAAGACAUAGUGGAGGUUGAAAGUGGAUUGUUAGCAAACAAGCUUCAACAAGAAAGAGGAAUUACCAAUACUAACAGGAUAAACGGUUUUCAUUUUUUUAACUUUAUGUAAACUUAUUAACACACUUAUGUUAUUGAAUUCUCUCACAUAGAUAGAUGUCAAUACUAGAUUAGGUUUACUUGAUGACAUCUAUCUAUGUUGAUGUUAUCUCAUUUCCUGAUGUGGGACAGUUUUGGACUUUUUUAUACAAGUAUUAUAGAGCUUUUGGAGGUUCCACAAAAGCAAAAGGAACGAUUAACAUUGAAG